AUGUACCGACAAGUACGAGUGCAUCCCGACGACUCUGGCUAUCAACGCAUUUUCUGGAGAGAAAACCCGGAACAGCCCCUGCAGGUUCUAGAGUUGACAACCGUCACCUAUGGGACCGCAUCAGCUCCGUUUCAAGCAACUUGGUGCUUGAUACAACUUGCCGACGACGAAGGAGACCAAUGUGCACGGGAUUUCCAUCACCACCUGAGAUGUGUAUACAGGUUGGAAGGAGACAACGUCUUCAAAGCUGCUGACAUUCUGAGACAUGAUUGCUAUGUUGACGACAUCAUGUCUGGUUCCGAAAACAUCGACGACUUCAUUGAAAUUCAACAACAACUGAAGGCCGUUCUGCUGAAGGGUGGUUUUCCUGUCAACAAAUGA